GCCCCGCCGCACGACAACUAGUUUUGUUCCGCGUUCUGUGGUUGGGAGCCGGUCAGAGAGAGCCCCCGGCAGGACCAACCCGACACCCGGCAGCACGACAGCAAUGUCCAGCAACAGCUUCGCUUACAAUGAACAGUCCGGAGGAGGGGAGGCGACGGAGCUGGGUCAGGAGGCGACCUCAACCAUUUCCCCCUCCGGUGCCUUCGGCCUCUUUAGCAGCGAUAUGAAGAAGAAUGAAGACUUAAAGCAAAUGUUAGAAAGCAACAAAGAUUCUGCUAAAUUGGAUGCUAUGAAACGGAUUGUUGGGAUGAUUGCAAAAGGGAAAAAUGCAUCUGAACUGUUUCCUGCUGUUGUGAAGAAUGUGGCCAGUAAAAAUAUUGAGAUCAAGAAAUUAGUGUAUGUUUAUCUGGUCCGAUAUGCUGAAGAACAGCAGGAUCUAGCCCUCUUGUCCAUAAGUACUUUUCAGCGAGCCCUGAAGGACCCAAAUCAACUAAUUCGUGCAAGUGCUUUGAGAGUCCUUUCAAGCAUCAGAGUGCCAAUUAUUGUACCUAUAAUGAUGCUCGCUAUUAAGGAAGCUUCCGCUGACUUAUCACCAUACGUAAGGAAGAAUGCAGCCCAUGCAAUACAAAAGUUGUACAGCCUUGAUCCAGAGCAGAAGGAAAUGUUAAUUGAAAUAAUUGAAAAACUUCUGAAGGAUAAAAGCACACUGGUAGCUGGCAGUGUUGUGAUGGCUUUUGAAGAAGUAUGUCCGGAUAGAAUAGAUCUCAUUCACAAGAAUUACCGCAAGCUAUGUAAUUUACUAGUUGAUGUAGAAGAGUGGGGGCAGGUUGUCAUAAUCCACAUGCUAACUCGAUAUGCUCGUACACAGUUUGUCAGUCCUUGGAAAGAGGAUGAUGGUCUAGAGGACAAUGAAAAGGAUUUCUAUGAUUCUGAUGAGGAACAGAAGGAAAAGAGUGAUAAAAGGAAGAAGGCUUAUACUAUGGAUCCAGACCAUAGACUUUUAAUUCGGAAUACAAAGCCUUUGCUUCAGAGCAGGAAUGCAGCGGUGGUAAUGGCAGUUGCUCAGCUGUAUUGGCAUAUAGCACCAAAAUCUGAAGUGGGCAUUAUUUCUAAACCACUGGUGCGUUUACUUCGUAGCAAUAGGGAGGUUCAGUAUAUUGUCCUACAGAAUAUAGCAACUAUGUCAAUUCAAAGAAAGGGUAUGUUUGAACCUUAUCUGAAGAGUUUCUAUGUCAGGUCAACUGAUCCAACUAUGAUUAAGAUACUGAAGCUUGAAAUUUUGACAAAUUUGGCAAAUGAAGCCAACAUAUCAACUCUUCUUCGAGAAUUUCAGACCUACGUGAAAAGCCAGGAUAAACAAUUUGCAGCAGCCACUAUUCAAACUAUAGGCAGAUGUGCAACCAAUAUCUCAGAAGUCACUGACACAUGCCUCAAUGGCCUGGUGUGUCUGCUGUCCAACAGGGAUGAAAUAGUUGUUGCUGAAAGUGUGGUUGUUAUUAAGAAAUUACUGCAAAUGCAACCCAUUCAACAUGGUGAAAUUAUUAAACAUAUGGCCAAACUCUUGGACAGUAUCACUGUUCCUGUGGCUAGAGCAAGUAUUCUUUGGCUAAUUGGAGAAAACUGUGAACGAGUUCCUAUUAUUGCCCCUGAUGUUUUGAGGAAGAUGGCUAAAAGCUUCACCAGUGAAGAUGAUCUGGUAAAACUGCAGAUUUUAAAUCUGGGAGCGAAAUUGUAUUUAACCAACUCCAGACAGACAAAAUUGCUUACCCAGUACAUAUUAAAUCUCGGCAAGUAUGAUCAAAACUACGACAUCAGAGACCGUACAAGAUUUAUUAGGCAGCUUAUUGUUCCGAAUGAGAAGAGUGGAGCUUUAAGUAAAUACGCCAAAAAAAUAUUCCUGGCGCAGAAACCCGCACCACUGCUUGAGUCUCCUUUUAAAGAUAGGGAUCAUUUCCAGCUUGGCACUUUAUCUCAUACUCUCAACACUAAAGCUACUGGGUACCUGGAAUUAUCUAAUUGGCCAGAGGUGGCGCCUGACCCAUCAGUUCGAAAUGUAGAAGUAAUAGAGUUGGCAAAAGAAUGGACCCCAGCAGGAAAAGCAAAGAAAGAGAAACCUGAUAAGAAAUUUUACUCUGAAUCUGAAGAAGAAGAGGAUUCUUCAGAGAGCAGCAGUGACAGUGAGAGUGAAUCUGGAAGUGAAAGUGGAGAACAAGACGAGGAAGGAGACAGCAGUGAGGACAGCAGUGAGGACUCCAGUGAGCACCAGAGUGAGAGUGGAAGUGAGUCAGAAGCAGAAAACAAAAGAGCAGGCCAGAAGAGCUCCAGAACCAAAGGAAAAAGAGAUUCUGAAGAUGUGGAUAAGGAAAAUGAAAACUCUAAAACUUCAGAUUCCUCCGAUGCUGAAUCUAGUUCAAUAGAAGGCAGUUCUUCAGGUUCUGAAUCAGAAUCAGUAUCUGAAAGUGAAUCUGAAUCAAGAAAAGUUACUAAGGAGAAAGGGAAAAAACCAAAGCAAGAUGGAAAUCCUCUUACCAAAGAUGUUUCACUUCUAGAUCUAGAUGAUUUUAACCCAGUGUCCACUCCCGUUGCACUUCCCGUACCAGCUCUCUCCCCAAGCUUGAUAGCUGAUCUUGAAGGUUUAAACUUGUCAGCUUCUUCAUCGGUCAUCAGUGUCAGUACUCCUGUCUUUGUACCAAUGACGACUCAUGUGCUGCUUCAUCGGAUGAGUGGGAAAGGACUAGCGGCCCAUUAUUCCUUUCCAAGACAGCCUUGCAUUUUUGGUGACAAGAUGGUCUCUGUGCAAAUAACAUUGAAUAAUACCACUGAUCGGAAGAUAGAAAAUAUCCACAUAGGGGAGAAGAAACUUCCUAUGGGCAUGCAAAUGCAUGUUUUUAAUCCAAUAGGAUCUCUUGAGCCUGGGGGAUCCAUUACUGUUUCAAUGGGUAUUGACUUUUGUGAUUCCACUCAGACUGCCAGUUUGCAGUUGUGUACCAAGGAUGAUUGCUUCAGUGUUAACAUUCAGCCCCCUGUUGGAGAACUGCUUUUACCUGUGGCCAUGUCAGAGAAAGAUUUUAAGAAAGAGCAAGGUUUGCAGCUAAAACUGUGCACAGUGGGUCAUUGAUGCUAGUCACCGUGGAACUGAAGGAAGGCUCUACAGCACAGCUUAUCAUAAACACUGAGAAAACUGUGAUUGGUUCUGUUCUGCUGCGGGAGCUGAAGCCUGUCCUGUCCCAGGGGUAACCUGCCUACAUCUGGGCUUCAGAAUCUGGCACACAGCGAAAGUGCCUGGCAUCCACUACUGCUGCCUUUCAUUUAUAAUAAUAGCCCUUCCAUCUGGCAGUGGGGGGAAGAAUACACUCUUGACAUUCUUGCCUCCUGCUUUAGAAUGCUAGUGUGUAUCUAUCAUGUAUGCAACACUUUCCCCCUUCUCGCUUUGCUAACCAAAGAACAUAUAUUUUACUGUCAGUUAUCUCAACUCUUAAAUCCAUGUGGCAUUUUCUCUGUCCUGCUACUUCUUCUGGCCUUCUCAGCUUUCCUUCUCUUUUUCAACAAUGAUGGACAUGGCUUGGAUAUUUAAAGUUCACUGGAAAUCAUCUCUCCUCCCACUGUAAGCAAAAAUCAGCCUAGAAAUCAUCUAAAUGGCCUCUCAACUUGGUAUGUGAAAAUGGGAAAGCAUGCUUUUUAGAAUUCAAUUCACAAACAACAAUUUGUCUGCAAUAUUUUGUUCUGCGAAUUUCCUGGGGUUGUAAUUGCUUAUGGACAACUGUCAUCAUGAAAUUAUCCCUAAAUAAUAAAUAAACUAGCAUAUAAAUAACA